AUGUAUACACUGCAGAAUCAUAUACUUAAUUGCAGUCCAGCGCUGGCAUGUCUAGGAAGAUAAGGGUAUGUCAGCAGUUUUUAGUGUGUUAGUUCAGACAUCCAGUGGGAGUGAGGUCUUGCAGUCUUUAAAGUUAUUGAGAUG